GCUGGUAUCCGCUCAGUGCGUGUGUGUGCGCGUUGGUGCGAGCUUCGGCUGCUGCUGCUUGUCACUCACUGUGCCGCGGCGCGAACACGGGUAGCGACAAGGACCAAAAACCCGUCCUGUUGCAGCUGCUGUUUUACAUCUCUGGGGGAAAAAAAAGAAAAAGAAAAUAAAAGAGAAAAGCCACACAGAGGCUGCUCUGUGUUCAUCCAGAAGCUCUCCGCUUGAUCUUCAAGGAGAAUAUCUGUGAGACAUUACAAUGCUUCAGAUAAGGGACGUCCUCUGGGGACUGCUGUUCACCGGCUGUGCAGCUGCUAUUCAGGUGCAAAUCACUCCGGCACAAGGGGAAAUCAGCGUCGGAGAGUCCAAAUUUUUCCUCUGCGAAGUGGUUGGGGACGCUAAAGACAUCGACUGGUUCUCCCCCAGCGGUGAGAAGAUCCUCCUGUCUCGGCCGAACAUCUCUGUGAGCCGGAGCGACGAGUCCACGUCCAUUCUCACCAUCUACCACGCCAACGUGGACAACGCCGGCAUCUACAAAUGUCUGGCCAAAAACGCAGACAAGGAGGCCCAAGCCACAGUUCAAGUGAAGAUUUUCCAAAAGAUCACCUUCCAGAGCGCGCCGAGUCCGCAGGAGUUCAACGAGGGCGACAACGCCGACAUCGUGUGCGACGUGGUCAGCUCGCCGCCACCCACCAUCAUUUGGAAGCACAAGGGCUCCAAACUCCAAUCCGCCAAAGACGUGCGCUACAAGAUCAUGGAUAAUGGCCACCUGCUGAUACGUGGCAUCAAGAAGGUCGAUGAAGGAAUGUAUAAUUGUGAGGCUCGUGUUAUGGCCAGGGGAGAAAUUGACUUCCGGACGAUAAAGGUCAUCGUUAAUGUUCUUCCCACAAUCCGUGCCAGGAAGUCUGAAGUCAACGCCACAGCAGAUGUUGGUGAAUCUGCCCUGUUGGCCUGUGACGCAGACGGCUUCCCUGAGCCCACCGUUACCUGGGCGCAUAACAACAUCGUCCUUGAAACGGGCGACAAAUACAGCUUGAACGAGGAUGGCUCUGAAUUGGUAAUAAAGGAAGUCAGAAAGGUGGAUGAAGGAGAUUACACUUGCAUCGCCAAGAACAAGGCAGGAGAGAAAACCGAGGAAGUCAGCCUGAACGUGUUCGUGCUGCCCAACAUUACCUACUUCAACAACCAGACUGCCUCAGAGUUUGAUGAGGAGGUCACCCUGACCUGCGAGGCCUCGGGUGACCCCACGCCCACCAUCUCCUGGAGAUUUGGAAACAGAGUUUUCACUGAAGGAGAGCAGGCAUCUUGGACGCGACCAGACAAAUAUGAGAGCCUUGACAGGAACGUCGUAGUACGAAGCCAUGCGCGGGUGUCCUCCCUCACCCUGAAGGACGUCCAGUUCACCGAUGCUGGUCGUUACCUCUGCACUGCCAGCAACUCCAUUGGCGAAGACAACCAGCAACUGUUCCUCGAAGUGCGCUAUUCUCCAAAGAUCAUGGGCUUAGUGACAGCACACACAUGGGAAGGAAAUCCAGCCAAUAUUUCUUGUGAGGUGGCAGCCAACCCCAGAGCCUCGGUGGUUUGGUUCAGAGACGGCAUGGAGCUGCCGACCGCUAACUCAACCAACAUAAAGAUCUUCAAUACCCCAACCAUCAGCCUCCUGGAGAUCACACCUGAGUCCCAAAACGACUUUGGGAGCUACAACUGCACAGCUACAAAUGUGAUAGGCUCUGAAUCCAAGGAGUUCAUUCUAAUCCAAGCAGAGGUGCCGUCGUCGCCUAAAAUUGAAGAAGUGCAACCGUUCUCCAGCACGGCGGUGGUGGAGUUUGAGGAACCGAACUCCUUGGGUGGAGUGCCAAUAUUAAAGUACAGAGUGGAAUGGCGUUUGCCUGGGAAGGAGUGGAAAAGUGAGGAGUACAAAGCUGAAGACGACAUGACCAGGAUAACCAUCGUCGGACUGAAACCAGAGACGACCUACGAGGUCAAGAUGUCGGCCAUCAACGGGAAAGGCGAAGGCGAGAGCAGCCGUUCCAGCACUUUCAAGACGGAGCCAGUCCAAUAUUCUCUCACAAUUGCAUCAUCGAUCCCACCUGCUAUUGCUGACACCACUAUGGCCAUUAAAGGGGAACCAACGUCUCCCAUACUAGAAGUCACACUUGUAAAGAGCAGUAAUUCUGCUAAGGUCAAGUGGACCAAGCAGGACGACGGCGGCUCGCCCAUUAUACGCUACCUGAUCAGAUACAAGGCUAAGCAUAUGUCUGACUGGAAACCGGAAACGCACCUCCCCUCUACCAGCAAUUACGCGAUGCUGAACGGCCUGGACUGGAACACGGAUUACGAGGUCCUCGUGGUGGCGGAGAAUCAGCGGGGCCGAUCCGAGCCGUCCAUCACUACCUUCAGAACGGCUUCAGAGCCCACCACCGUCCCAGACACUGCAGACGGCGGUUCAGGACUCGGCACCGGCGCCAUCGUGGGCAUCCUCAUCGUUGUCUUCUUGCUGCUGCUGGUUGCCGUGGACGUCACCUGCUAUUUCCUCAACAAGUGCGGCCUCCUCAUGUGCAUCGCCGUCAACGUUUGCGGGAAAGCCGGCCCGGGCGCCAAGAGCAAGGACAUCGAGGAGGGAAAGGCGGCGUUCUCGAAGGACGAGUCUAAGGAGCCGAUUGUGGAAGUGAGAACAGAGGAAGAAAACACCGCGAACCAAGAAGGAGGGGGUCCCACUGAGCCCAAUGAGACCACCCCGCUGACAGAACCAGAACCUGCCGCUGCCGACUCCCCGAACACGGCGGUAAACCAACUCCCCCCAGCUGCUGCUAACUCGGUUACAGGGAGCGUUAGCACGCCACAGACUAACUCCUCUCCUAAAAACACCGCUGCAGCCCUUUCCCAUUCACCUAAAGCAGAGUGCAGCGUCGGACCCCUGGUUGACCUCAGCGACGCUCCAAAAGUUGCCCCUGCCUCCAGCCCUCCUGUAUUAGAGCCAGUUAGCCCACCGUCCACUAAUGGCGACAGGCUUCAGAACCCGUGUGAGUCAGUGAGAACCCCCAGCAGCACCCAGAGUAAGGACUUACAAGUAGACGGCCAGAGCAACGAUGCCCGCUGUGCCCCAUGCUCAGACUCCACCACAUCAACCCAAAAUGACGGGAAGACUGUGAAGAGCGACAACGCCAAAGCCGAGCCGGAGGUGAAGAACGCCACGGCCGAGGUGAAGACGGUCCCCAACGAGGCUCCUCAGGCGAACGGCAACGAAAGUAAAGCAUAAUGUCCUCCAGCCGGGGCAGCGGCGGGGGGGAGGGGGGGAGGGGUGCAGGUUGGGGUGUGGGCUUUACAGGUUAAAAACGGGGGUGGUCACAGUCACUGAAACUUCAAAACAAUUUCACACACACCACCCCACUACAUUAGGAAAAAAUAAAAAAUAAAGCAGCAACUCAGAAGAUAUAAACUACAAAGAAAAUCUGUGUUUCUGCCGGAAUAUGAGCAGGAGUGAUAAACCUCAUGCGACGCCUUAGUUCCCAAUACAUCCACCUAAAUCAGUCACUGUAAAACAUUAGGUAUUCAUACGUCAUGUCACCCAUUAUUGUACGUAAUAAGCAGAUCAGCAUCUUACAUAUUUUCUCUAGAUAAACUUGGAUGAACUGUAGCUUUACUUCACAGAUUUACUGCCUUUAAGAUGCACACAAAUGUAAGACCGACUCUACUACUCUUUAUGCAGUACUCUCAUUAUUGUGAUGAUGGAUUAUGGGUCUUAUUUUUCCUUUGUCUGUAUUUUUUGUUUAAAUGCUGUUCUCACUGCCUAUUUAGCUGUUUCUUAAUGUCUUUAUUGAAGCAUGUGGGUUUGUUGCGAAGUUGCUGUAUUUCUGUAAAUUCGUAUGUGAUCGGGUUUUGUUCUUUUCUGCUUCUUAAUCCUGUGUUUUCCUUCAUCUCAUCUUCACGCUCCCAAAAAAUGGAAAAAUGAUUGUGAGAAAUAUUCACGUAAAAGUUAAUGUCUUGUUUUUUUUUCCUCCUUAAGUCUGUUUGCAGGCUGUUUAUACAUGCAUCUAUCAGAGUUUUGUGAAUAGUAAUUUUAGUAAGCCAAUUCCGAUUUCUCUUCAGCAACUAUAGAUAAAUGCAUUCAAAAUGUUUUUUUAUUAUUAUUAUUAUUUUCUAGCUUUUUAAGACAUCAUUAAUCAAUUAUAUUUGGAGCAAAGGCAACAUGUCACCACGCGGUGAAACAGGGCUUCACACACAAAUAUUAGCCAACUUUAGCUUCUUAUAUUAGCAAUUAGCGCUGUUAGCAUUAAUAGCUUUAUACCACAGUAUAAAGAUUCCUAUCUUAUCUUCAAUCGCUUAUCUUCAAUCUGAGCCCAGAAGGUUUACAUUUCUAAAUUCAACUUGUUUUGUGGCAGAGAUUGAAUGCUUGGGAGGAUAAAACAAAGCAACGUUACUGUAAAACUUUCAGCCUUCCUUUAUUCAGAAGAAAUUUCAAUCCCUUUCUUUAAAAGUAGCAGCCAAAAUGAGCUCAAUGUCAUUUUUAAACACUUUACUGAUAUUCAAAAGACUACUCUAUAGACUUUAGUAUACAUCACUUAGUCUCAACUUCCAUACUGAAGAGUGUUGCUGUUAGCACAACAUGUGGGACAUUAAUUGGUUGAAAAAAUAUUGGAUUUUUGAGUUUCCAAUCCUCAGUUUUUCUUUUGGUUCAUUUUCUGGCUUCAGACAAACAGCAUGGUGGGUUUGGUCGCCAUGCGUUGUUAGUGUCUUGCAUUUGCUCUUCAAAAGCUGAUUACAUGUUUUAUUUUAUUUUUUAAUAAAUUAUACAGUUAGAACAUAAAAUGUUUUUUGAGUUUUUCCCCCAUAAGCCUGAAAUUUUUAAGCCAAAUCCUUUAGUUAUCCACUCUUGUGUGUUAACCUGUAUAUGGACUCAAUUUUCAGGGGGCCUUCAUGUUUUUGUUUAGAUUUUUUUUUCAGAUCAGUUAAAUCCCAACUUCAUUCUUUCUGAUUGGCUCCUAUUAAAUUCCAAUUUUCAUGCCUUAAAUUGUUUUCAUCUCUUAAAUAUUUUUAAAACUCUCCUUAAAAUUCCUCAUUAACCUUAACUAAAUAUUGUGUAGCCAAAUAUAAUGGGCCUCGGAUGAAUAUACAUGAACUGGACCAAUGAAAACCUGCACUGCAGGAUGUAAAUUAUGGGAACCUCAUUUAAAAUCUACCAUUUAAGUAAUUUACUUAUGUGAGUAAAUUUACCUGUAAGCUCGUUACACUAUUUGCAGUUCUCCAUCUUGUAUUAAAAUACAUGUAUACGGACAAACUAGGUCAAAAAUGUGUUCUACUCAUGAAUUAAGCUUUGUAUCCCUUUUAAAAUAAAGUGACAAAUUAAGGUUUGUCUAUAAUUAGAAAUUACCCAUGCAUUGAAAACAUUUGGAUUUGUACAAUUUUUACAGUACAAUAAGUUGUACAGAAUAUUAUACAAUAUUAAUUGUACAACUCUGUUCAAUUAAUUUUUUACAAUUCCAGCACCAAGCAUCAAAACAUUUUGAACAAAAAAUGUCAUGUUUAAUUCCGAUUUUACUUUUUAUAGAAGAACUAAACCCAUCUUUGAGCCCAUAUUUACUGGGAGCUCUAAAAUCAACCCAUAGUAAUUAUUCUGGUUGGUUUCUUUCAUUUGGAACUUUGCAUUUGUAACAAUUUGUUAAGCAUUUGUACAAAAUUGAUUCACAAAUAUAGAUAUUUUCUGCAGGUGCACAAAAACAUUAUGUCCAUAAAAUCUCAAUUGAAACCGGCGGUGUGACCUACUUUUUCAUUAAUCCAGCCGAGUUGUUUGUGGGCAGUCAUUCAGUUCUGAGGUUUCAUCAUCAGAUGGUCGGCUGAUUCUUUAUAAAAAUGUCAAAUACAGUAAAAUUAGAUGGUGGAAUCCCGCUGACAGUAACAUACCCGGUUCUGAUGCAGCAGGACUCUGUGAAUUCCACACCUUUAUGUGUUCUCAUUCGUUUUUGCAUUUUGAGUUCUGAAAAUGUACAUGUUUUCCUUCUCUCUCACACGUGUGUCACAUUUAUCCUGAGGUUUCCUUAAAGUGGUUUUUACACAUACUGUAGGUUUGGACUUUUAGUGACUUAAGAGGUUACAGACACAUGGAGUCAGUUUGGACUGAGAUGUAGUUGUUCUUAUGACUCUUUUUAGAAAUAUAGAUCCACGUGUGUUAUGUCUUUGUAUUUGGCUCCUCCAUAGCAGGAGUUUGUUUUUUCUUUUAUCAUAUUUAUUGUUGACAUAGUAACCGAAUUCAACUGGAACUUUGGAUAUUUGCAGCUUCUUUUUUCGUUUUGUGGCAUCAAAUCUGAAGGGGCUUGUCUAAAUCUGGUCAGGCAGUAAAUUAUUGAGCAGCGUAUGUCAUUUAUUAGCCUUUCUAUUGAAUUGUUUUAAAGAUCAGCCCAUACAACUGCAAAAAAAAAAGAAAUCGGUUUCACUUUUAGUUUUUCCUUCUAGCAGCUUUAUGAAAUGUGUGAAGUUUUAAAUAUGUUUUAUUUGAAAUUAUUUUGACGGCAGCACCUUCCAAACUUAUUGGCUCUCCUGGUAGAAAGUCUCAAAAUUCAUUUAUCCAACCUGAAAUUUCAGGAAAUUUAAUCAGUGAUGAAAAAAAAAAUCCCACCUUAAAAAAACAUUUUUUUUUAACAAGUGUUGGUAACUCUUAAAAUGAUAAUGAAAUAAAUGUACUUAAUUUAUUUACCAAUUCUGUACACUGUUAAGCUGAUCGUACUGUCAAGGAACAUAAUGCAUAAGUUGAAUAUGAAGAGUCACAGAGGCCCGUCUCUAUGGAAACUAAGAAAGAUAACAGAACAUGCUAUUUAUAUAAGGUGGGUGUUAAAAUUUUCAAAAAUCUGGAAAUGAAUGAUAUUUCAAAGAAAAAAAAAGCGACUAGCCCAAACUUUUCAAUAUUUAAAAAUAAUUUUUUAGGAUUUUUAAAAAUUUGGUACAACUUUUUCCAAAGCUCCAUUUUGAUGUUCUUAAAAAGUGAUAAAAUAAAAUAAAAACAUAGAAAUGUUCCCCGAUGAAUAAAUCUUAAUAAAGUAAAGUCUGGACUUUUCACUUUUUUCAGUGAGAUCGGGUUACUGCAGGACAUUUUAUGCAGACCUUUUAGCAUCUUUACUAAGGCGGCCAAUAAAUGUGAAGGUGCUGUUGCAAAAAAACUGUUGAACACAGUCAGGCGUGAUUUCAGAAGUUUUAAACGGCAAAAAUCUUUAUUUAAAAAUUGUUUCCAAAAAGUCCAAACUGUCACAAGUCCUAAAGAUUCUGAUGGCAAACCACCAAGCAGAGAGAUAUUCAGGUUUAGCUUAAACUGAUGGAAAACAGAAGGUUCUGCCUGAGGUGGGAAAAUCAUCUUGAUAAAAAUGAGCUUGGUCUCUUGAUAAUAAAACAUCUGCCUUUUUCUAAAAUUCUGCAUUUCAAAGAUUAAAAAGGGGAGCAGAAGUCAGGUCUUUUUCUGUACAGUGUUGUUUCCCCCGUAGACUUGGAGCUGGUUCAGUGUGGAUAGCAAACACACGAGCCUUGUGUGUUAGAGUUGAGCGUUUAAUGUGAUUGUGAUGUAGCCGGUAGCGAGCGCCGAACCCGCCGUCAGCAGCUUAGAGACGUCCGGCUGAGUGCCUUUAGACUGAAAAACGACGCCAUGCAUUCCCUUCCUCUUGGUUUCUGUACUCCGAAGUUUCCCCUUUACUUCCUCCUGUCAGUUUCUUUUCUUUCGCUGCUCCAUUCAGCUGUAAAUGAAGCUUCUUCAAACCCUCUCCGAUGUUCUGUAAGGCUGCAUUAUUCUGCUUCCUUUUGGACAUUUUGUCCAUUCAUCCCUUUAUAAUAAAUAUUUCAAGGGAAAGACUAUUGCUAAGAACCUUACUUUAACUUGGCCGCAGUCUUGUUUAAGGAAGGUUAGCCAUGACCAAAAGUACACAGACUCAAACCAAUGAAACGAAUCAAAAGGAGAUAUUAAACGUUUUAACGCUCAAAUCUAGCACCACGCGAAAACAGUGUGGACAACCUAAGAACAUAUAAAUUAUGUUUCCAGAAAUGAUCAAAUUUGUCAGAAACAGCAUGAAUCAUUUCCUUUUUCUUUUUUAAGAUUUAUUUUCUUCAUGUUUUUAUCCUUUUCAAAUGUUGAGGAACUUGUUCUGGUCUCUUCUAAAACAAAACAAAA